AUGCGGGAGGCAUGUAAAGAGCAAGCGCCCGGCCAACAAGCUUUACAAAGAAAGCUCUAUGAUGAGGCACGCGAGGACGAUUGGGCUCGGGAGAUUCUGAAGCGACACGACAAUCCUGACACCAGCUUGGAAGUGUUCGACUCGCGUCAGUCUGCCGUGGCGCGGUACUGCGAGUACCACGAUGCGCUGAGAAAGCUGCUGAAGAUCGACUUGAUGCACCGUACCCAGGGAUUCGUUGUCUUCGCACAUGCGAAUAUGCUAGUGACGAUGAGUAUGAUGGCUCCGGUGCAAUGGCAGAUGCCGGAGUGCAAGCAGAGCAGUGGAGCGGAGGGCGACUGUGGGAAGACGCCGGCUGCAAUCCUCAUGGACAUUGCACUUCAGUCUUCUCCCAGGAGUGGUGGAGAUUCGGGCUGGGACGUCAGCGCCUGA